UUAUAAAAAUUGAAAUGAAAGACAAAAACCCAUACAAGAUGCCGGUGAGGGCAUCUCAGCCUAAACCGAGCAGGUACGAGCAGUUCAUGAACAAACUCGAGCUGAAAGGGUAUAAGGCUGCCAACAAGAUUCACAGAUAUUUUGUCAACUGCAUCUUCCUCUUCAUGGGAUACAAUCUCUAUAUCUUUGUGAGGGAAUAUAAUGCUUACUGGAGACUUAGAAGAGACUCUGACCUCCCAGAGGAAUGGCUUGAGGAUAUUCCUAAAAACACAAAGGAGUUCGACAUGGAAAAAGAAAGAAUUGAAAGAGAGAAGAGAAUUACAUAA